AUGGCUACUCUGUUUGGCUUUAUGUUUGAGGAAAUAACCUUCAGUGAACACCCAACAACAAAAUUUGUAGAUGAAAUUACUUUGGCAGUGAAAAACUACCAGCAUGUCCUGUCCUUAGUAUUUGCAGUGAAGGAGAUCAAUGAGGAUGCAAAAAUCAUACCAAAUGUCAGCCUGGGGUUUCAAAUCUAUGACAGCUACACAAAUGCAAGGAUGACUCAUCAAAACAUCCUGAAACUUCUGUCCACCUCAGAAAGGACUGUCCCCAACUUCAAAUGUGACAACAAAAAGAAUAUGAUAGCUAUAAUUGGAGGACUAGAUUCUGAAGUCUCCCUACAUAUGGCUAUUAUCCUGGGUAUUUACAAGAUUCCACAGCUUCACUCUUUCCUAAGCAAAAUCAUAUUUAACAACAGUGCUGGGGAUACCAUCACAUUUAACGAAAAUGGUGAAUUAACUGCUGGCUUUGACAUUAUAAACUGGGUUAUUUCCCCAAACCAAUCCUUCUUAAAAGUAAAAGUGGGAAGGAUGGAUCCACAAUUGUCACAAGAGCAAGAGUUCAUUCUGGAUGAAAAGGCCAUCAGAUGGGACAGCACGUUCAAUCAGGUGCUGCCUCUUGCUGUGUGUAAUGACAAUUGUCAUCCAGGAUACAGCAAAAAGAAGAAGGAAGGAAAGCAGUUCUGUUGCUACGAUUGUGCCCCAUGCCCAGAGGGGAAGAUUUCAGACCAGAAGGACGUGGAUGAGUGUUCAAAAUGCCCAGAAGGUCAGUAUCCAAACAGGAACAAAGAUCAGUGCCUUUCAAAGAAAGUCAACUUCCUCUCAUUCACAGAAACUUUGGGGAUCCUUUUAACUUUCUUAGCUCUGUCUUUUUCUCUGAUCACAGCUUUGGUGUUUGGAGUCUUCGCUAAGCAUCAGAACACUCCCAUUGUCAAAGCCAACAAUCGAAACCUCACCUACUCUCUGCUUAUCGCACUAUUACUCUGCUUCCUCUGCUCGUUGUUAUUCAUUGGCCUGCCCCAAACAGUGAACUGCUGUUUAAGACAAACUGCUUUUGGUGUCAUCUUCUCUGUAGCUAUUUCCUGCAUAUUGGCAAAAACGAUAACUGUGAUUCUGGCUUUUGUUGCCACCAAGCCAGGGAGCAGCAUGAGAAAAUGGGUGGGGAAAGGAUUCACAAACACUAUCAUUCUUGGCUGCUCCUUUAUUCAAGCUACUAUUUGUGCUGUGUGGCUAUGCACUACUCCCCCAUUUGCACAUUUUGACAUGCACUCCCUUACUCAAGAAAUUGUAGUGGAAUGCAAUGAAGGUUCUGUCACUAUGUUUUAUUCUGUUCUGGGCUACCUGGGAUUCUUAGCCAUUGUUAGCUUCACUGUGGCUUUUCAGGCCAGGAAGUUGCCAGACAGCUUCAAUGAAGCCAAGUUCAUCACUUUCAGUAUGUUGGUUUUCUGCAGUGUUUGGAUGUCUUUUGUUCCUUCCUAUUUAAGCACAAAAGGAAAAUACAUGGUGGCUGUGGAGAUCUUCUCCAUCUUGUCCUCCAGUGCUGGGUUACUAGGUUGUAUCUUUGCUCCCAAAUGCUACAUAAUAAUCCUGAGGCCAGAACUGAACAAGAAGGAGCAGAUAAUAAAGAGAUAUUAG